CUGUUUAUUCCGAGAGGGUUAUACUUGCCCCACCUGCCCCGGCCCCCGUGUCCUGUCUAUAUGGAAGAAAGGGUAGUUGUUGUGCAGUAGCUCCACUGCAAAUCCAGCGACUAUUUCGAUCGCUUCCGAAUCGUCGGAUCGUCCUACCCUUUUCUGGCCGACGUCGAAAUUCUUCGUAUCACCUUUGUAGAUCUUGUCAAUCACUCGAUCAAUCGCCACCCCUGGUCUACACAAAAUUUCCCAUCGGUCCCGUUUGGGUCGGGUCGGGGCUGGGGGAGUUCAGAGCGUCGACGUGACCAGAGCUUCUCGAGGUUUCUCGUGAAGUUGUGCGAGGGAGCCCUACCUGCUGCUGCUGUAAAGAGUCAUGAGAUUCUGUGAAGCGUGUGACGUGCAGAUUCCGGAAGCGUGGAGCGAGUAUUUGUAGGUAGAAACGUUUGUCUCGGCUGGUGAGCGGAGAUACUUUGACGGUACUGGAAUCGGCUGCGGCAUUGGCUCGCAGUUCAGAGGUGAUUGAAUCUUUUGAGCUUGGAGCUUCGAGUUUGGAAGUGCAGUCCGUCUGGUUUGGCACUUCUUGUGCAGUUGGAAAGGGCCCUUGCUGGAGGAGAAAUUCUGUCGGACUUUGAGUUGGAACGAGGUGUGGGAAGGUGGCGUACAUGCAGGAGGCUGUGUAGGUCUGUACAUGAGCAAGCAUGGGUUCACCAAUCGAUCUUACCCUAGGGUGCAACACUCAAGCGCCCAGCAGUAAUGGACGUUACAACGACCAUCGGAAUAGCUCGGCAUGUCUUGAGGAUUGUCUAGAGAGCUUGCGGAAAGCGGAGGAUUACGUGCGCACUUUAGAAGAAGAGCGGCGAAAAGUAGAAGGCUUCAAACGAGAGCUGCCCCUAUGCAUACAGCUCCUUGAAGAUGCUAUCAGAACUUCCAAGGAGAAGUUGCUCCGUGGGAAGGAUUUGCCACAGCAGCUUAAAGCGAACUCCAUGGACAGCGGGAAAGAUCAACAUGGCGUGUCAAGUGGCCCAGGCUGCCGUCAUACGCUGGAAGAGUUCAUGCCGUUAAAAAGAAGAUGGGAACGAGAUCAACCAAGUGUGAGCAGUGAUGGAGAGAGGGGCGAAGACCGGAGCAGCAAGAGGCCGGCGUGGAUGACGGAAGCAUUGCUGUCAAAGAGAACUCCUGCGUCCCCUGAGAAGGAGACGAGGCUUACGCAGGAGCAUUCUGAGUUGAGCGUCUCGGAGCAAGAGCACAGCUGGGUAACAAGCUCUCAGAUGCUGUUGGGCGCAAAUCAGCGGCCCACGGGAGCGUUCCUCCCUUUCAUACGGGAGCAGCAUGGUGUAAAUUCCUUUUUGUCCCGACCUACGCCCAGGCCCGCUGGUAGUGGAGCUGAUUUGAGUCUUUCGUUGUGUGAGCCCACCACCACCCAGACUGGCCACACCCUAAGACCAUCCGGUUCGGAAGUUGGCAGCAUCGAUGCAGGGCGUCAGACUGUGGAUGUGCCUGUCGCCGAGGACAUGGGGGUGAUAUCCAAUGGCACGUCGGGUGCCGGAAGCUCCAGUGUGGGUGGGAACCCCUCACGAAAAGCCCGUCGGUGUUGGUCUCCCGAGCUCCACCGCCUCUUCGUCAAUGCUUUGCAUCAGCUCGGUGGCUCUCAAAUAGCCACGCCGAAGCAAAUUCGUGAGCUUAUGAAAGUCGAUGGGCUUACGAAUGACGAAGUGAAGAGUCAUCUGCAGAAAUAUCGCCUGCACACGCGGAGACCAAGUUCCUCACCGCAACCAGCCGGUGCGGGGCAGUCGCCAAAACUGGUAGUACUGGGCGGUAUCUGGGUCCCCCCCCAAUACGCCGCAUCCGGCUCCCAGCCCUCGUCAGGCGUGUACGACCCUUCAAUAGCGCACCCACCACAACCAACGGAAUUUUGCCCUACCUCUCUUCCCCAAGACUACUUCGCUUGCAUCAACAACGAUACCUCCAGCGUUUCAUUGCAGAUGCACCGGCAGCCGAUUUUUGAGCAGCCGAUUUUUGAGCAGCCGAAACAAGCUGGCACAUCGCAAUCUCAAAACUCACCACAGGGUCCUCUGCACGUUACCAGUCAAUUAUCAUCCGCGACUCAAGGACCCAGCAGCGAAGUGUACCACGACGAGAGCCCCGGGGAGGAGGAAGCCAAGUCCGAGGGCACAAGCUGGCAACGAGAGGACCUCAAAAGCGAGGAACCGACGAAGCCAAACGUGAGGUUUAGUCUAGGAGCUGGUUCAGGCGAUGUACAGUCCCACGCUCAUGCUUCGGAGGAAGAGGAGAACCAAAUCGAGUGAUUCCCACAUCCGGGUCGAUGAGCCAGUAAUUUGUACAGUCUAUCUCGUCGAACAUAUCUCCGGCAGGCAGUUUUUGGAGGAGCCCGCCAUUCGUGCUGGAAUGCACUCGUUUGUACUGAAUCAAAACCGGUUUAGGGUAGAAGAUAGGGCGCGAGGGAGAAGCAUUUUUUUCCUUUUUUUUCCUUUUUUGUUUGGAAGCUAGGGUCAUUUGAUGCAGUAAUUUGAAGCUGCCGAGGAGGAAUACACUGUAUAUUUACCGCAAUUUUGAAGGGUAGAAUUAGGGAGAUGACGCAAUGUUCUCUGCCGUAGAGGCGUCACGAACCCUUUCGGCAGAAACCAUCGGUGAACUCCACAUGAUGUGCAAUAUCUAUGUACAUAUCAUCCCCAAUAAUACGCAGAGGAAUUCCCCCC